AUGUGUAUAAUCGGGUUAUUUAUAUUCAACUAUUUAUUUGCUAGUCUGAUUUCCAGGAAACUUGCUAUUUUACCCGGUAGUGAAAUUUUUGAUAACUGGAAAUCACCAAGUGUCCCUGUGUAUUUUUCCAUAUAUCUGUAUAAUUUGACUAAUCCUCAAGAAGUUCUAAGUGGUGGUCGACCAAGAUUUACUGAAGUUGGCCCUUACGUUUAUCGCGAGGAUCGUCAACGUAACAAUGUAGAAUUUUCUGGAGAAUCUCCUCCGAAAACUGUAAAAUAUCAACACAGAAUUUUCUACUACUUUCAACCUGACCUCUCUGUCGGCCCUGAUGAUCAGGGAAUCGUUACAAGUCUUGAUCUGGUAACAGUAGCCAUAAAUAAUCUUCCGGGAUACUACAAAAUGAUAUUUUUUUUAUACACGUUGAACGCAUUCAUUUCAAAGACACCUCGUGAAAUCAUCUGGGGUUACCAAGAUCCACUGAUGUCUGUUUGUCUAACUUCUAAAGUUUGUGACACAGAUCGUGCUGGCUUAAUGGCUAUGAACAAUGGUACAAAAGUUGCUGAUUUCGUGAUUGAUACCGGUGCUUACAAUAUUUCAAACGUCGGGAAAGUGCUACAAUACAAUGGAGUAACAUCUUUGAACUAUUGGCGUACGGAUUACGCUAAUAUGAUAAAUGGCACAGAUGGGAGUGUUAUACGGCCAGGAUUACAAAUGUCUUCUCGAAUAUCCUUUUUUGUGCCAGAUUUCUGCAGAUCCUUUCAUUCAGAUGCUGUGGGUUGGGCGACUGCAACUCAUGACAGUAGUGUACAUCUACUUAGAUUUGCGUCCCACCCCGAACAAUCUCAGAACGCCACUGUUAAUCCGCUGAAUGCUGCAUUCUGUCCGAAGAAGAAGGCCGGCCCAGACUGUCCUCCAACAGGAAUGAUACCUUUGUCACCUUGCUCGAACCCUAAGAUUUCGGUCCCUAUAUUUGCUUGUCAGCCACAUUUCUUGGGAGCUGAUCCAAGUAUUCGGGCAGCUAUGGAUGGGAUAAGAAAACCUGAUGAAAAGCUUGAUUCUACUGUAUUACUUAUUGAGCCUAAUACUGGAUUUGUAUUGGAAGCUUUUAAAAAGGUUCAGAUUAAUGCAUACAUUGAAAACGAUGGCGGUUUGAAUGAAGUAUACCAAGAUAUGGCAGGACCAUAUUUCUUCCCCUUAGCUUGGUUCACUGAGUUUGCAGUGGCUGACAAAAGGGCGUUAAGUAAAAUAUCAAACUAUAUUCUUAAACCUAAGAAAAUAAUACCUAUUGUUUUAUCAACUGUCGGUUCACUUGCACUUAUAUCAGCCGUCAUUUUGAUAGCAGUUCUAUUAAAGCGUUAUAAAUUAACAAAAACUGAUAGUGCUUCUAUUCACGGUCAAGCUGAAUCUACAUUCAUGCCAACAGAUUCUGGGUUAUGUAAUAAAACAGAUGAAAGCCCAUUUGAUCAAUGGACUGUUAAACCUUCACCAGAACACGAAUCUUUUCAGGUUAUCGAAUCAAAACCUUUGCUCAAACCUAGUGAUACAGAUGGAAAAACAGUUGUCUGA